AUGCCAACAACAUCUGAAGUAGCAGGCUUAAUAAUUGGUGAUUUUAGUGAAGCAAACUACCAACGCGACGUUAUUGUUGAGCAUCGAACUAACGGACUUCAGAGAAUCACUGAUUUGCAUCCAAGUUUCAUGUCUAUGACAUAUCCAUUGAUACACCCUUAUGGUGAAGAUGGAUAUAGAAUUGAUAUACUCUUAAGAGACUUAACUAAGACCUCUUUCAAGAGGCAAAAGUUGACAAUGAGGCAACAUUAUUGUUUUAGGUUGCAGCAAAGAUUAAAUGAGGGGCACACUCUUCUCCGAGCUGGUAGACUACUACAACAAUAUAUAGUUGAUUCUUACAUGGCAAUUGAAGAAGAAAGAUUCCGUUGGAUACGAAAUAAUAAAAAAAAACUCCGAUCAGAUCUUUACUCCGGCUUAAUGGGCGCUGUUCAUCGAGGUGAUUCCGAUUGUUCAAGAGUCGGAAAAUCAAUUAUUUUGCCUUCAUCACACACUGGGGGACCACGAUAUAGAGUUCAAAAUUACCAAGAUGCAAUGGCCAUUUGUAAGUGGGCAGGAUAUCCUGAUUUGUUUCUUACUUUCACUUGCAACCCAAAGUGGCCAGAAAUAAAUAAUAUGCUGCAUUUGAUUGGGCAAAAAGAUGAUGACAAUCGAGUGGAUAUCAUAUGCAGAGUUUUUGAGAUAAAGUUAUUCCAACUAAUGCAGGAUCUCAAAAAAGGAAAACCAUUUGGAAAAAUAAUUGCAUGUCUUUACACAAUUGAGUUCCAAAAAAGAGGCUUGCCCCAUGCACAUAUACUUUUUUUCUUACACCAAACAUUGAAAAAUCCAUCAGCAAAUCAUAUCGAUGAAAUAAUAAGUGCAGAAAUCCCAGACGUACAUAUCGAUCCUGAUGGUUAUAAUGCAGUCAGCAAAUUUAUGAUUCAUGGACCCUGUGGCAAGCUCAAUCCUAACUCUCCGUGUAUGAUGCAAGGCAAGUGCACAAAAUAUUUUCCUAAAAAAUUCACAGACGAAACGAUUGUUGACACAGAUGGCUUUCCGGUUUACAAAAGAAGAAAUACAGGUAUCCGUGUUGAAAAGAAAAAUGUCUUCUUAGAUAAUCGUUAUGUGGUCCCUUAUAAUAGGAAUUUGAUUGUCAAAUUUGAUGCACAUAUUAAUGUUGAGAUUUUCAAUUACUCAAGGUCAGUCAAAUAUCUAUUUAAGUACGUUCAUAAAGGGUUUGAUAGAACAACAGCAACAAUAGAAUCUAUUGACACUGCUGAACAAAUAGAUGAGAUCAAAACAUAUCUUGACUGUAGAUACAUAUCAGCAACUGAAGCUUGCUGGAGAAUCUUCCAGUUUGACAUACAUUACAGACAACCAGCUGUCGAAAGAUUACCAUUCCAUUUGCCUGGAGAGCAUACAAUAAUAUUUGAAGAGAACAAUUGCACCGAAAAUGUGCUUUGCAUACCCGGAAUAGAAAAAACAAAGUUCACUGAAUGGUUAGAGACAAACAAGAAUUAUGAGGAUGCGCGUGAACUAACUUAUUCUGAUUUUCCUACAUGUUGGGUUUGGAAUUCAAAAGACAAAACAUGGACAAGGAGAAAAAGCGACAUAGCAAUUGGAAGAAUUUACUUUACACAUCCUUCAACUGGAGAACACUUCUAUAUGAGAAUGAUGCUCAACUUUGUCAAAGGAAGUACUUCGUUUGAAAGUAUUAGAACAGUAAAUGGAGUGACCUAUCCUACUUUUAAAGUUGCAUGCUAUGCUUUGGGAUUAUUAGAUGAUGAUAAAGAGUGGAUCGAUUACUUGACUGAAGCUUCAAUUUGGGCAACUGGAAAUGAAUUAAGACAUCUUUUUGUCAUGAUACUCAUUCAUUGUCAGGUUUCCGAUGCAUCACAACUUUGGAAAUCUAAUUAUACUACAUUUUCAGAAGACAUGGUUUCAUUACAAAGGAAGAGAUUUGGAACGAAGGACCUUCAACUAACUGAACAAUAG